AUGCCUUCCCCAAGCAUGUCAGGUGGCUUGAACAAGGCUACGCGAGACAAGAUGUCCUUGAAGCAGGAUCCUGACCUGGAGGCAGCUACGUGGGAAGAAGCCUUGGCCGAGCUCCAAAGUGGAUGGAUUUGGCAGGCACCUAAAGUCGAGGAUGAUUUUAGAGUUUUUGCCAGGAGAUUUGGAAUCUCCCAAAAUGGUAAGAUCAGGGUCAUAGAUGACUGUAGUUGCUGUGGCUUGAAUGCCACGGUGGGGACGGUUGAAAAGUUUAUCGUGCAUGCCAUCGACCGGAUGGCCUCCAUGUUGGCAUAUGCACUUGGCCUUUCAAAGGAUCACUGCAUGUCUUUGUGCGGCAGAACAUAUGACCUGAAGGCCGCCUAUAAACAAUUCCCCGUGGCUUGCCAGGACAGAGAGUUCUUGAGGAUGUAUGUCAAUCAACCGGGUGUUGCUGAGCUCACAGCUGUGGGCCUCAACGCGCUACCGUUCGGAGCCAUAGGCUCCGUUGCUGCCUUUCUCAGGGUUAGUACUUCGGUUUGGAUGUUGGGUGUGGUUGCCUUAAAGGUAAUUUGGACCGCAUUCUUUGACGAUUACAGCGUGGUUACCAAGACCUCCCUUCAGAAGAAUGUGGCCUUUGCCGUUCAGUCGUUGUUUGGGUUGCUGGGCCUAACUUAUGCGACCGAAGGAAAAAAGGCACCAGAUUUUUCGCCGACAUUCAACAUGUUGGGCCUGGUCGUUGACAUGACCGGCUUCAAGGAUAAAGUUAUCAAGAUCGGACACACCGCGAAGCGUAUCCAGGAGCUUGUCGAGUCGCUUGACACCGUGACUGCUGCAAACUUGUUGUGCCCCAAGGAGGCUGAGAGACUCCGUGGCCGCAUGAACUUUUUUGAAGGCUAUGCUUUCGGUCGUGGCCCUGCGCAAGCCGUCAAGCUCCUAGACCGACAGGCUCGCGCUGGAUUGAACGAUUAG